GUUCGUGUGCUAAAAAAAAAUUACGGACACAGACUAUAUACGAAAAUAUUUUUCUUUAUUUCCUGUAAGAAUAUCAACUGAAACAAGUAUUUGAAAGAAGUUUUUGAUUAUCAUUGUAAAUCAGCAAUUUAUCUAAUAAAUCUUUAGAAAUCAAAGCGUUGUUUUUGGAAGAUACACUUAGAAAUCUAAGCGUUGUCUACAGAUAUUGAUCGAUCGUCAGUUAGUAGCUGGUACGCGUUACGAGCGUUUUGCUUAAAACUAACCUUGUAAAAUAAGUUGUUUUAACAAUUAUCAACAAAAGAAUCGUACAUCAAUUGUAUGCGAAUACAAGUUUUCACUUGUGAACAUAUUACGGCGAAACAGCAUAAACAUAUUAUCUACAACUACAUACAAGUGAAAUUUUACGUCAGGAUACAAGCUGGUUUUGCCACCGGUAACCGUGUUUCUUGUAGAUGAUGGGAACAAGAGAUACCCAAUCAAUAGUGAAUUCAAUUUGCGCGAAAAAGCGGCGCCCUAUGGAAAAAUUUUUAACCGAUUUCGAUUUGAAAGAACAGAACAAUUUAAAUUAUACGAACUUUCGGUCGAUUUGCGUGGCACUUUUCCAAUCGGAUGAACUCGAAAAGGAAGAAUGGAGAAUUCAAGAAAUUUUCAAUUUAUUCGAUCGCGACAAAGAUGGCAUUUUAAAGGACCAAGAAUGGACGAUAUUCAACGAUUGGUUGCGAAUCAUUUUUGAACCUGUAAAGGCACUUCUUGUCGUCGACGUGCAAAAUGACUUUAUCGACGGAUCUUUAGCCCUCCGUCGAUGCGGCUGCAAUCAGGAUGGAGUUGAUGUAAUUGAGCCGAUAAAUCGUUUGAUAAGGAAGGGACAUUUUGAUAAUAUUAUUUACUCUUUGGAUUGGCACCCAGAAAAUCAUAUCAGUUUUUAUGAAAAUUUACACCUACGCGACUUGCAUUCGGAUUCAAAAGUGACCAAGGAGAAUGCAAAGCCAUUUAGUACCGUAAUUUUUGUGGAGCCUUAUCUGGAACAAAUACUUUGGCCGAAGCAUUGCGUCAUGAACACAUGGGGAGCACAGUUGCACAAAGACCUUGUCAUUGCGACAGCUUCGGAACAGGUACGCAAAGGCCAACAUCCAGAUUUGGAAGCUUACUCGGUAUUUUACGAUAAUAAUUCGAAGGACUCUAUGGAAUUGCAAACGAUCCUCCGUAAAUCAGGCGUCACGCACCUAUAUGUAUGUGGUUUGGCUUACGACAUUUGUGUAAAAGCCACUUGUUUAGAUGGACUUCGAUUAGGAUACGCAUUAGCCGUUAUCGAUGACUGUUGCCGUGGCGUGGACGCAAAUAACAUCGAGACCACCAAGAAACUGAUUGCUGAAAACGGAGGUUUGAUCACCGACAGUAACGAUGUGCUGUCGUUGGUGAACGAGGGAAAACGAAGUCUUAUCAUGAGCCAUCAAUCUGCAAAAGCUGUGACCUCAAUUCCGGCCUUGGAUACAUCCGUGGAUGGUUCUGAGUGAUAUCAGACGAGAGGACAAGAAAUGAGCAGGAUGCUUUGAAACGAGUAUGGCAAGAAACGAGCUGAAGCCAUAGAACAUAACAUUCAAAUGGGUCUAAGUUACAGGAGAGUAGAAAUUAUUAGAACCGAUAUAUGUCAAGAUAAUUAUUACUCUAGAAUUUAUUUAGAAAUGAACUUUCUUUUCCUUGCAGUAUGUUUUAAUGCUUUCAUGAUAAAUAUGUAAAGAUACAGUAUUUUAUUAAAAAGGAGAAGAAAGAAAUAGUAUGUGACUAGUCUUAAGAUAAAAGAUCAUGAAGGAAAUCUAAGAAUCUUAUAUCUCUUAUUGACUAGUAACUAUUUCUCAAGACAACAUAUCUCGCAAUAGUCUUAAAUUCCUAGUUUAACUAAAUUAAUUUCAUUAGUUUUAAUAAUUUAUAUUUAAGUCCUAUCAUACAUAAGAUUAUAUGUUAAAAUUACUGAAUAUUAGAUCAGGGAUGAUGGUACCUUCACGGUUUAAAUAUAUUUAUGUACAUAGUACACAGUAUAGUGGUCACCGAAUAUGCAUAUCUAAUAUAUAUAAUAUUUUAAUACAAUAUACUUUAACUUAUAUCAGAACAAUAUUCAGGGAAAUGAAAGUAAUGCUGGUACUUAAUAUAGAAAUAAUUUUAUUUAUGUAAAGCAUUAAUUUAUUUUAAAACUACUUGCCAGAACAUUCAGUAGCGUGUAAGAAAUCUCGC